AUGAUUUUCACACCACCGACUUCCCUCCCCGCCUUGCCGUCGCCUUUACCACUCCAAGAUUUGGCUGGGGAAUUUGCUUUGGAGACACAUCUACACAAAACGAAGCAAUCUAACAAAGCACACUCGUCGGCUACCUGGACUGACGCAGCGACCAACCAGACAUGGACGACGGAUGCGAUUAUUGCUCGUGUCGGGGAGGUGGCAACAGCUUUGAGCGUGGCGUGGCGGAUCAAACCUGGGCAAAAGUGGCACAAAAUAGUCGGCCUUCUGACGUCCAAUUACGCUGAUGCACUAAUUCUUUCAUGGGCUAUUCAUCGCCUUGGCGGCGGCUGCCUUAUGUUGCAACCAACAAGCUCCGCUGACGAGAUCGCCGGACACCUCGAUCGGGUACCGCCAUGCGCGCUUUUUGCAUCCGAAGAUCUGCUCUCUCUGGGAAAGGAUGCCGUUCAGCGGAGCUCUAUGGCUUCAAAAUUACAGCUCUACAGGCUCUCCUUGCCUACGGCGGAUUCCAAGCUAUUUCAAGAAUCAUCCGAAAUCAGUUCCCUUGAAGACUUGCUUAUGGCCAGUAAGAAUCUUCCUGCGACACCGAAAAGCACUCUUUCUGCCGACGAAGCCGCUCAUCGUGUAGCAUAUUGCUGUACUACAAGCGGCACUGGGGGUUUACAACGUGUUGUGGCAAUGACGCACAAGAACGUAGUCGCCUGCAUGUUGCAGGUCUCACAGUUCUACACGGCUACUAGAGGGAGCGGGCCCGAGACCCAUUUGGGCUUCUUACCCUUCAACCAUAUCUAUGGCCUUCUAAUUAUUCACUCUAUGUUACACCUAGGCGACAGCGUUGUCAUCCAUCGCGGUUUCAACCUUAUGGAAGUCUUGACUUCUAUCGGCAAGAAUCGCAUUAACAAUCUGUUUCUGGUUCCACCAAUCAUUAAUGCUAUGUCUCGAAACGCAGCUAUAUUGAGUAAAUUUGACCUGAGCUCCGUUACAUCAAUCACUUCUGGUGGCGGACCUCUAAAGAAAGAAGAUUUUAUGAAGAUGCAAGUUGCGCAACCCAAUUGGCGCAUUUUAAGCGGGUGGGGGCAAACUGAGGGUUGCGGUGUUGGAACCCUUUCCGGCGUCAAUGAUAUAUUUCCUGGUUCGAGCGGACCGUUACUACCGGGAGUCCGCAUCCGGUUGAGGGACGAUGAUGGCCGCGAAGUCGAGUCUCUGGAAGAGAUGGGGGAGAUUGAGAUUGCAUCUCCAAGCAUCCUGAGUGGGUAUAUUGACCACGCUGACGACGCAAUUCUCACGUCGGCAAACGAUGCGGAUUUCUGGUGGUCGACGGGAGAUGUCGGGCUUUUCCGCAAGAGCCCUAGUGGUCAGCCUCAUCUGUUCGUUGUAGAUCGUAUUCGCGACAUGAUUAAAGUCAAGGGGAACCAAGUCGCACCCGGCCAGAUUGAAGCCCACUUGAGUCAACAUGCCGCUGUUGCUGAGAACGCCGUCAUUGGUGUUGCCGACGAAAUAGCGGGUGAGCGAGCCUUGGCCUUCGUGGUUCGAGACCCUACAUAUGCACCUAAUGAGAGCGAGGCCCAGCUUCGCCAAAUAAUCCGGGAUCACAACGACCUAAUCUUGCCCGAGGUGUGCCGUCUGCAGGAUCGAAUUCUCUUUGUGGAUGCAAUCCCGAAAAGUGCGAGCGGCAAAGUGCUGAAACGAGAAUUGAGGAAGCAAGUGGCGACGUAA